AUGAAAUACUACAUCCCACCCCAAAGCUACAAGUACAACAGCCCAAAUCCCAGAAUGCUACACUCCCACGACCUCCCCAUAUCCUCUCAACCCACCACCCCCUCCAAAAACCUCAACCACUCCCCCACCUCCUACCUCCUCCGCACGCUCUCCCGCGGUCUCGUAGACGCCCUAAACCGCCUCCCCUCCCCCUCCGCCUACGCCUUCCUCGACAAACACAUGUCCCCGCACUUCGCCAUGUACAACUCCGGCGGGCACGAAUGCAUCCUGCCGCACGUGCAAUCCCGGCAGCAACAGCUCGACAACAUCCUCGCGCUGCGCAAAGCCCACCCGGAGUGGAAGUUGAGGAUAUUCCAUCUCAGCGCUGUGGUCGAGAGCGGUGGCGAGGCGGGCUGGGUGUUGUAUACGAGUUUGGGGGAGGGUGGGCCGCCGGAUGAGGAGUUUAAUGCGCAGCAGGAGAUGGUGGGGAGGUUUUCGUGGCGGAGGAGGGUGGGCGAUGGGGUUUGGGAGUGUUUUAUGCAUGAGGGGAUUCGUGGGGGUGGGGAUUUUUAUUCGUGA